CAAGCGUCGCCCCAGCAACGGACGGGGCUUGGAUCACCGAAGCGGUCAUGGCCACAAGCAACCCGUCAGUGUUUCUUCUCACGGUGAACGGGCAAAUUGAAGGAGCGAAUUUUCCAGAGUAUGACAAUCUGUACUGCAAAUACUGUUUUGUCUACGGACACGACUGGGCUCCCACCUCGGGACUGGAGGAAGGCAUCACUCAAAUAACCUGUAAAGGCACUCAGUCUUCACACAAAUUAAUAUGGAACUUUCCAUUGGAAACAACGUUUAAGAGCACUAACCCAUCUGGAUGGCCUCAGCUUGUAGUGAGUGUGUAUGGUCCAGAUGUGUUUGGCAACGAUGUCGUCCGGGGCUACGGAGCAACACACAUCCCCUUCACCCCUGGACAACAUACACGAACAAUCCCCAUGUUUGUUCCCGAGCCCACAUGGAGACUUCAAAAAUUCACAAGCUGGCUGUUGGGACGGCGGCCUGAGUACACAGACCCUAAAGUAGUGGCCCAGGGUGAAGGCAGAGAAGUGACACGGGUUCGUUCCCAAGGCUUUGUCACUGUCUCCUUUCACAUCAUGACAAAAGACAUGAAGAAGCUGGGAUAUGACACAGGACCACCAAGCCCUGCAAACACAGAGUCUGCCACAUCCAGCUGGUCAACAGAAGAACAGCCAUACAACAUGUAAUAACAUAAAAGAUUUUGUUUUUAGAUACAAAUUGUGGCUAUCCUUAAUUUUAUUAUUUUUUUACUCUCAACGGUGCUUGGUCCCCGCCAAACCAACAACACUCACAUUAAAUAUGAAAUGACUUGUUUACUUCUUCAGUUAUUAUGGAAAUCCUGUAAUGCCACAGUCAGAAACAAAGUGGCAAGAACAGGUAACUCCAUUAAGAACACACACACACAGAGUACCCAAUGUUUCAUAGUCAAAUGUGCAGGAAUGAAAUUUUAAUAAGAUUAGAUUUAUUCAAAUGUAAACUGUUUCAACAAUAUUUGUACUUGUUUUACUAUGUUUUCUACUUUUUUUUAAUAAAUGUGAACUUC